AUGGCUUCAGAAGAUAGCCCGCGGCGGCAGGCCAUAAGGCACUUCAUACGCGGCAACUUCUCUCCAGCACCACUCUACCCCCUCAAAGGCAUGUGGUACUUCGCCACACACCGAUAUCUUCAUCCUUUGCUGAAGGGCCGCCUCAUACCCUUGACGCUGCUCUCAGUCUGCGUGCUGGUCAUCCUCUUCCUCACAGCAUAUCUGCCCAUCGUGGCGUUCCUGGCGCUCUUUCACUACAGAGGCUCGGCAUGGGUCAAUGGCACAUUCUUCAUUCUGGGCACUGGUAUGCUCAUUGUCCAAGUGGUCUUCGAGGGCAUGUUUGUCGAUGGAACGCAGGUCGAUGUUUUCGAUGCUGUGCUUGUGGGAGAGGGGUAUGAGCAUCUGGUUAAGAAUCGAAGGACGGUGUCCGAGGACAUUGACGAGAGCGAUCCGUACAAGAGACUUGGACCACGCGACAAGGGUGCCGCUUACGCUCCAUUUUCAGUCCGCCAGAUCGUAGAGAUGGCCAUACUACUGCCGCUGAAUUUUGUUCCGUUUGUUGGAGUCCCUCUAUUCCUGAUUCUGACUGGGUAUCGAGCUGGACCACUCAUCAAUUGGAGAUACUUUCAGGUCAAACAAUUCAGCAAGAAGGAGAGGAACGACUUCAUCAAGACGAAGAAGCGCCGCUGGGAAUAUAUGUGGUUUGGCACGAUGUACAUGAUUCUGGAACUUGUGCCGCCGCUUUCAAUGAUCUUUCUGCUUACUACGGCAACCGGAAGUGCAUUGUGGGCAGUGCGAAUAGAGCAAGAAGGACAGCAUGCAGACGAUGAACGACAGCCCUUGAAUCAGGAUACACCUACAUACACCGACGAGCCUUGA